AUGUCGUUACAAACGAUCGCGCUCGCCGCUGUCGCGGUGGCGUACUUCAUUAUCCGCUACUUGAACCGCACGGAUAUUCCGAAGAUUAAAGGCCUCCCAGAGAUCCCCGGAGUUCCUCUCUUCGGGAAUCUUUUACAACUAGGGGACCAGCACGCGACGGUUGCGGGGAAAUGGGCAAAGAAGUUUGGCCCAGUUUUCCAAGUGCGCAUGGGCAACAAGCGCGUGGUUUUCGCCAACAGUUUCGACUCCGUGCGCCAGCUCUGGAUCAAGGACCAAUCCGCGCUCAUCUCCCGUCCAACAUUCCACACCUUCCAUAGCGUCGUUUCCAGCUCGCAGGGAUUUACAAUUGGUACAUCUCCUUGGGAUGAAUCCUGCAAGAGACGGCGCAAGGCGGCUGCAACGGCGCUUAAUCGUCCCGCAGUGCAGUCGUAUAUGCCGAUCAUUGAUCUGGAAGCCACCGCUAGUAUCAAGGAACUGUUCAAGGAUAGCCAGAACGGAACAGUGGAUGUGAAUCCCACUGCUUAUUUCCAGCGAUUCGCGCUUAAUACCAGUCUUACGCUGAACUACGGAUUCCGGAUCUCGGGUAAUGUCGAUGAUGAGCUGCUCAAGGAAAUAGUCGAUGUCGAGCGUGGUGUGUCAAACUUCCGCAGUACGAGCAAUAACUGGCAGGAUUACAUUCCCUUGCUGCGGAUUAUCCCUAAAAUGAAUCGCGAGGCUGAGGAAUUCCGUGUUCGUCGGGACAAGUACUUAACGUAUUUGCUGGGUAUUCUCAAGGACAGAAUUGCCAAGGGAACAGACAAGCCGUGCAUUACUGGAAAUAUCCUGAAGGACCCGGAAGCAAAGCUUAACGAGGCUGAGGUGAAGUCUAUUUGCUUGACCAUGGAGGGUCAGCGUAUUCAGCAGAAGGCCUAUGACGAGAUCAUGAAGGUCUACCCAGGUGGCGAUGCGUGGGAAAAGUGUUUGGUUGAGGAGAAGGUUCCAUACGUGUCGGCGUUGGUCAAGGAAACUCUGCGAUUCUGGACUGUCAUUCCGAUUUGUCUGCCACGGGUAAACAUCAAGGAAAUUGAGUUCAACGGAGCCAAGAUUCCGGCUGGAACUACAUUCUUCAUGAACGCCUGGGCUGCCGACUAUGACGAGGACCAUUUCAAGAUGCCCGAGAAGUUCAUCCCUGAGCGAUAUCUCGAAGUCUCUGAAGGUUCCGGUACUCCUCACUACGGGUAUGGAGCUGGCUCACGGAUGUGUGCGGGAUCCCAUCUUGCCAAUCGCGAACUAUACACGGCGUACAUCCGACUGAUCACUGCCUUCACGAUGCAUCCCGCGCAGAACCCGGGAGAUCGCCCUAUCCUGGAUGCGAUCGAUUGCAAUGCGAUCCCUACAGCUUUGACCACGGAGCCGAAACCAUUCAAGGUCGGUUUCAUGCCGCGGGAUGCACCGAAGCUUCAACAAUGGAUUGUGGAGAGCGAUGAGCGGACGAAGGACCUGUAGUCUUCUAUUUUCCAUGUUUUUCACAGUCUAGCUUUAGAAUUGCGUCGGUUAUGA